UCACAGCGACCGCUGAGCGCUCGUCCGGGCAUGCGCAUAAUCAUACUUACCUUGACAAGGUAAAUUUCGUGGUUUAAAUCGACUUAUUCCCAUGACUAUUUUCGCAAGCUAAGUCACUAUCUCUGUUCAACAAUGAAAAUCUAUCUGCUUUUGAUAACAGGGUCUAUAUAAAGCGCAAUUUCAAAACUUCUCUUCUCCAGACAACUUGAAGGAGAAAGGUUUUCAGGUUGAUAUUGGUUCAGCGGAGCACGCUAGCCGCAAUGGCAGCCAUACGCCAACACCGGACUUCACACUUCAUCGACAGCUUAAAAAUCGCCAUGUUGCAAUGAUAAGCAUUGGCGGCGUGAUUGGCACAGGACUAUUCCUCGGAACUGCAUCAGCACUCAUGAAUGGCGGUCCUGUAGGCCUUUUAUUAGGCUACAUGUUCGUUGGCUCUAUAUGUUACUGCGUGAUGAUCACAAUCGGAGAGAUGAUCGCCUACCUCCCAGUUGCCGGUGGCCACAUCAAACUUGCCGAGCGCUUCGUUGAUCCUGCAUUCUCAUUUGCAUUGGGAUGGAAUUUAUGGUACAAUUGGACGGUGACAUUACCAGCCGAGUUAUCCGCGGCCGCUACCAUCAUAAAUUUCUGGCAUCCUGGUGUCAACAAUGCGGUAUGGAUAACAAUGUGUCUCGUUGUCGCCGUCGGGAUCAACAUGAGCGGCGUUGGUGUGUAUGGUGAAGCCGAAUUCAUAUUCGCCUCCAUCAAGGUUGUUACGAUUGUCGGUCUCAUCAUCUUGGGGAUUGUCCUUGACCUUGGUGGCGGCCCAAGCCAUGAUCGUAUCGGAUUCCGCUACUGGAAGGACCCUGGCCCGUUUGUCCAAUAUGAUGGCAUAAGUGGCAUGACAGGUCGAUUCCUUGGCUGGUCUCGUGUAGUGACUCAAGCCGCGUUUGCAUAUGUUGGGUCAGAAGUCGUGGCUAUGGCGGCGGCAGAAGCAAAGAAUCCGCGGAGGAAUCUCCCAAAAGCUAUCCGCCGUGUUUAUAUCCGACUCCUGCUAUUUUAUAUCGGCGGCGUCUUCGUUAUCGGUCUGCUGGUACCUUCGAACAACCCCUUGCUGAAUGUAAACUCUAAUAAUGCUUCUGCGUCUCCGUUUGUAAUUGCAAUCAACCAAGCCGGCAUCAAAGGAUUACCCUCUGUGAUCAACGCCGCCUUACUGACAUCAGCCUGGUCCGCCGCUUCCAGUGACCUUUAUAUUGCCUCCAGAGGCUUAUAUGGUCUCGCUGCCUCUGGGAAUGCCCCAAAAAUAUUCCUCCAUACCUCGCGGUCCGGCCUUCCCUAUGUUGCAGUAGCCACAUGCGCUUGUUUUGCCCUCCUUUCCUACAUGGCGGUCAACACGAGCUCUGGACUGGUCUUCACGUGGUUCUCUAGCAUGUGUGCCACCGCGGGCCUCACGACCUGGUUCGGCAUCGGUGUCGUCUAUCUGCGCUUCCGCAAAGGCUUCCUCGCACAGGGACACAAGACGCUCGAGCUCCCGUACUCCUCUCGGCUCCAGCCCUUUGCCGCCUGGUGGGUUGUCGGCGCAUCAUUUGUGACGCUGUUGUUCAGUGCAUGGGAGGUCUUCCUGAGAGAUAACUGGUCAACAGCAACGUUCAUAACCAAUUAUCUGCCCAUGAUGCUUUUCCCCGUUUUAUACGGUGUCGCCAAGAUCUCGACGCGAGCUCCUCUCGUCAAGCCAAGCGAGAUGGACUUCCACUCUGACAUCGCAGAAAUUGAGGCGAUGACGCAUGCAGACGUGCCCCCGAGGAAUAUCGUGGAGGCAUUUUGGAUGUGGCUUAUGUGAUGAUUGCGUUCCGCGUUAUCUGAUUUGACAAGGUCACUAGAACUGAUCAUUAUGGCUGAAGGGAACCAAGUUGUGUACACAUGGGUAUUUAUGGAUGAAUCUGAUAUCUACUAAUGAGU